GGGUUGGAAAAGCUUGCAAUCCACGACAUUGGCGUCAGCCCUGAUAUCCCGGCAUCUCGUCUUUUUUGUCACAUUUGCCAACCUCUGUCCAUAACACAACUGUCCCACUGAGCGGUUGGAAAACGUUGGGAAUGAACGAUGGCGGCCACGCAUGAUGUAGAGUCCCGCACGGGGAAGCAACCCGAGCCUCUGGUCAACGAAGAGAUCCCGAAAGAGACGUCGUCCAGCUCGUCCGCCAUGGAGGAGGUCGACGGGGCAAGGUCGAAUCCGCCGCUGUCGUGGAAGAUCACGGCCGUCGUGCUCAUCUCCUGCAUCAGCUUCGGCUCGUCGUGGAGCUCGGGCAUAACGGGCGCGCUCAAGUCGACGCUCAAAAAGGAGCUCCACAUCAACAACAAGCAAUUCUCGCUGCUCGAGGCCAGCGAGGACUUCAUGGUCACCCUGUUGAUCCUCGCGAGCGGCAUGGUGACGGACAGGAUCGGAGGGGCCGGGGCCAUGCUGUACGGCAACAUCAUCUACUCGAUCGGGUCCAUCAUUGUCGCCGCCGGGGCCGAGGUCCGCUCCUUCAACCUCAUGAUUGGCGGGCGGGUGAUCCUGGCGCUGGGCGACAUCGCGACGCAGGUCGCGCAGUACAAGGUCUUCAGCUCGUGGUUCUCGCCCAACAACGGCUUCGCGUCGACCCUGGGCCUCGAGCUCGGCAUCAAGAAGAUUGGCGGCUUCGUCGGCAAGUCGUCGGCCAACAUCAUCGCCCAGAACACGGGCAACUUCGCCUGGGUCUUUUGGAUCGCCGUCUUCAUGAACGUCUUCACAAACAUCCUGACCUGGGUCUUUCACCGCUUCAACAGCGUCGCACACAAAAAGUUCAGCAACGUCACCGACCCUGCCACGGGCGAGAAGCUGACCGAGAAGUCCAAGAGGUUCGAGCCCAAGAAAGUCCUGGAGCUGCCGUGGGUCUUUUGGGCUGUCAUCGCCUUCUCCAUGUUCCAGACCAGCACCGCCGUCGUCUUUACCCAAAACGCCACGGAGCUGGCGGAGAAGAGGUUCAAGACGGACUCCAUCACCGCCGGUUGGUACUCUGCAACUUUGCAGUAUGCCGGCUUCUUCCUAGUUCCCUGCAUUGGUGCCUUUAUUGAUAUUCUUGGCAACCGUAUAACACUGCUCACCAUCUGCGGCACCGGAGUCUUCCUGGCCAUGGACCUGAUCAACUGGGCCACCGACACCAAGGGAACGGCUGCUGCCUUUGGCAUAUACGCGGUUGCCUACGUCCUGGGCCCCACCACCAUCAUCGACAGCAUCCGCACCUCGCUCUGGGACGCAUCUACCUUUGGUUCCGCCUAUGCCGUCAAGAUCGCCACCAACAACGCGUAAUUAGAGCUUUGCCAAGCUACCAAAAUCCGACAUGUGUGGAUCGUACAAUAUCUGACGACUUUGUUUUUUUUUUCUUUCUUUUCCGCAGCAUGAACAUCAUCGUGCGCGUCGCCACGGGCGCCAUCCAAGACGCCGACAACGACAGCUACAAGCACGUCGUCAUCGUCUACGUCGCCCUCGCCGCGGCGUCGGUCCUAGUGUCGGCCGUCCUCGUCGCGCUGUCCUGGUGGUCCAUCGACCUCGGGAACCUGCAGUGGACCAGGAAGCAGCGCAUCGCCAACGGCGAGCUGUGGAACACGCGCAAGAGAAAGUUUUACGAGGACAAUGGCGUGAGGAACAAGACCAUCUCAAAGGCUUGUUUCGGGGCCCUAAUCGUACUCAUCCUCGGAUCCUGGUCGGCAUAUUUUUGGGGUGUCGCGACUGGCCACAACUAAUCCUAUUCCCUAAUGUAUUUGGUCAUGUGUAGCAUAUAGUGAAACGUUAGCGACAGUUCGGAAGGGGGGACAGGCCAAUAGUUUACCAACAAGUUGUAAACCGAACUUUAGAUCAAUGUGUGUCAAGCCAUGUAAGAAAGCCUAUGCGCCAUGUGCAGCUGGGACCUCUUUGAUCCCUCCGGCAGGUGAGGGGAAUGCAAAGACUGAAAGACUGUUUAAGAAUGAUCAGAAACCUGACAAUCAGGAGUUCCUACAGGAAAUCGCGAAAAGCAUUGCGGCUGUCCACAUUGAGAAACCAGACCCCAUUCCUAAGCAGAGUAAGCCCCGUAGAAUCUUGG